GCUACUUGUUACGAUCGACCGAACGAUAGUCGCGGACUUUUUUUAAUAAUCGGAGCUGAUCAACGUCGAACGGCAGCUGUGUGCGAUUAUGGCUUCUGCGGUGUUCACUGCUUCCGGAGUUACAGUACAGAGGUUACAAAGAAUCGUUCAGAGAACUUACUCAGAUGCCAAAUUCCCUCAGAUUACAACUCAUUAUACAAUAAUUCCUAGGGAGACGGAUUCAAGAUGGAAAGAAAUAAAUAUGGAGAGGUAUGUGGACGAGACCGAUAUUCUCAUCGUCGGUGGUGGUCCAGCUGGGUUGUCGGCAGCUAUUCAGGCCCGUAGACUAGCAGAGAAGCAUGGCAAGGAACUCAGAGUUACUCUCGUUGAAAAAGCUUCCACUAUUGGUGGACAUAUCCUCAGCGGUGCUUGUUUAGAUCCAGUAGCUUUGAAUGAAUUGUUCCCAAACUGGAAAGAGUUAGGUGCACCGCUGACUACUCCUGUGACAGAAGACAAAUUUGCCUUUCUCACUGAGAAGAAGAGGAUAUCCAUACCUAUUUUUAAAGGAAUGCCAAUGUACAAUCAUGGAAAUUACAUAGUGAGACUAGGACACGUCGUGGCAUGGCUCGGCGAGCAAGCAGAAGCCGCCGGCGUCGAGAUGUAUCCCGGUUAUGCAGCGGCGGAAGUUCUGUACCAUGAGGACGGAUCCGUCAAAGGGGUAGCUACGAACGACGUUGGUAUUGCUAAAGACGGCUCACCCAAAGAAACGUUCGAACGAGGCAUGGAACUUCACGCGAAAUGUACCAUCUUUGCGGAAGGCUGCCAUGGUCACCUCACGAAACAAGUAACGAAGAAGUUUAAUCUAAGGAAGGAUUGUGAGCCGCAGUCCUAUGGCAUUGGGUUGAAAGAGAUUUGGGAGAUAGAACCAGGCAAACAUAGACCCGGAGCAGUCGAACAUACAGUCGGCUGGCCACUUGACAAGAAUACAUAUGGUGGAUCGUUUUUGUAUCAUUUGAAAGAACAAACACCUCUAGUUGCUGUAGGCUUCGUAAUAGGCUUGGAUUACAGCAAUCCCUACUUGCAUCCGUUCAAAGAGUUCCAGAGAUUUAAGCAACAUUCAAGUAUUAGACCAACGUUUGAAGGGGGAAAAAGAAUAGCCUACGGCGCUAGAGCCUUAGUAGAAGGCGGUUUCCAGUGCAUCCCCAAACUUCAAUUCCCUGGCGGUUGUCUCGUCGGAUGCACGGCGGGUUUUUUGAACGUGCCGAAAAUUAAAGGAACACAUAAUGCCAUGAAGAGUGGUAUGUUGGCUGCGGAAAGUGUUAUUGAAGCGAUCAUUGACGCGGAAAAUAACGCUUCUUCAACGAAGGGCUUGGAACCAAAGACGUAUACGGAUAAAAUAAAAAGUAGCUGGAUCUAUAAAGAACUAAAAGCCGUGAGAAAUAUGAGGCCGAGCUUCCACUCUUCUCUCGGAUUAUACGGCGGUUUAAUGUACUCCGGUUUCUCCAUGUUCUUGGGUGGAAAAGAGCCGUGGACCUUUUCACAUGGAGGUGCUGACCACACAAAGCUAAAAUCCGCAGCUGAGUCUACGCCCAUAGAAUAUCCCAAACCGGACAACGAGGUAUCCUUUGAUCUCCUCUCAUCGGUGGCUCUCACUGGUACUAACCACGAAGCUGACCAACCAGCCCAUCUAACUUUGAUGGACGACACUGUACCAGUGAAGAGAAAUCUAGUACACUUUGGCGGUCCGGAAGGAAGAUUCUGCCCAGCUGGGGUUUACGAAUUUGUGCCAUUAGAAAGCAGCGACGGCGAAAGGUUACAGAUCAAUGCUCAGAAUUGCAUCCAUUGUAAGACUUGUGACAUCAAGGAUCCAAGCCAGAAUAUCAAUUGGGUCGUGCCCGAGGGUGGCGGUGGGCCAGCCUAUGACGGCAUGUAAAACGGAUCAGUGAUCUAUUGAUGUCCAACUGUUCGAUCGUGUAUUCUUCAACAGUGUAUCCUUCCGAAUACAUUUCCUCAGGAUAUUCUCAAUAGCGACUCAAUGUAGAUUUUAUAUUCAUUUUUUUAGAGGAAACGUCGAUAUUUUGUUGUGCCGUGAUCGUGUUUUUGAACAUACGAAUUUACAUUUGAUCGUGAUUCUUAACGAAUUGUGGAUUAGGUUUAUUCCAUUAUGGUAUAAUUAUUAAACAUACAGCGUCAAUAGAGAAGUUAUUUCUGGUUCUGGAUAAUUGAUAUAAAAAAUUAGCUUCAGUCGGAGAAAGGAGAGGCAAACAGAGCGAGAAAAAAAUAUAUAUACGGUCGGUCUAUUCUUUUUUUACUCAUCUCUGUGUACAUACCAUUGGUUUUGAAAAUGUCAUUAGGAAAGUUUGCAAAAUUUAUAAUUUGCCAGAAUUAUUGAACCAUAUGUAUAUCGUCAAAUAUGAGAUUGGGAAUAACAUGAUACAUUAAUUGAUGAAAAUCUUGAAAAAUGUCGGUGCGUUUUUUACGUGAAACAUGUUUUAAAUAUUUUUAGAACGCGAAGGAAAAAGUUUUUAUAAAUAUGUGUACAUACUAUUAUAUGUAUUAUAUAGGGUGUUUAGAAAAAGGGCAUAUAAUAUUCACAAAACAGAGGAAAAAGUUCUAAUAAACAGGUUGAAAAAUUAAUUAUCGAAGUUAUGAACAAUUAUUUAUUUCAAUGAAAGCAAGUGACCUACUCGCUUCUGGUGUUUACAAAGAUUUUCUACAGAUCUGCCUAUUUCUACACACGUUUUACAUCUUUGUAUUAUAGAUUUGUGGGCUCUCAAAAAUUCUUUAACUGCUCUUUGUUCUAACUAUUUGACAGAUAUUUUGUAUUCUUUGAUUUAAUUUGUUUAUGUCAUUUAUUGAUGAAUAAUACACCAUGCUCUUAAGAUAUCCCAAUAAAAAGAAAGUCCAGGAGAUUUAAAUCAGAAAAGCGAGGAUAUCAUAUGACUGGGCCAUCCCGCCCAAUCCAUCUUUCAUUGAAGGAGUUAUUUAAAUAUUAAAUAAAUUAGAGAGAUCAUCAGAGAAUAAUACAAAAUAUCUGUCAAAUAGAACAAACCCGGGAAUUUUUUAAACAGAUCACAGUCCUAUAGUAUGAAGAUUUAAAGCAUGUGCAGAAAUAGCGGGGAAACAUACAUAGAAAAUUUUCUGUAAACUUUUUAAGCACCAAAAUCAAGUAGAUCACUUAUUUUAAUUAAAAUAAAUAAUUAUAAUCCCGACAAUAAUAACUUUUCGAUCUAUGUUUAGGACUUUCUUCCUCCAUCUUAUAAGUAAUUUGCUCUUAAAGUCCAGAAUCUUUUUUUUUUAAA